AUGUCGUUCCUACAUCAAAAAUCAUGUGAGUGUGUCAAAACCGAGCUGGAUUUAUUCUCCUUACCACCUACGCAGACGAGUAUUGAAAGUGGCAAAUGGGUCCAGUACAAACCAAUAUCCACAUUGACCGAUGAUGCGCCAAUAGAGUUUGUAGUUCCGGGUAAUGGUGAUGAAUACACUGACCUUUCACAAACAAUGAUACAAUUGACCGCGUCUAUUGUUAAAUCUAACGGAACUGCGGUCACUACUGACGAAGAGGCGAAAACAGUUGGGCCGGUCAAUAACUGGUUACACUCACUAUUCAGUCAAGUUGAUAUGUUUAUGAAUCAAAAACUUGUUACUCCCCAAAACAACACAUACGCAUAUCGAGCGUAUGUUGAAACGUUAAUGAACUAUGGAUACGAUGCUAGAAAAUCACAUCUAACAUGCAGUCUUUGGUACACUGACGAUGGAAUUGACAUGAACGAUUGUGCGGAAGAAAAUGAAGGACUCAAAGCGAGACGGGAACUAACUAAUAAAAGCCGUGAGAUUGAUAUGCUCGGACAUUUGCAUGUGGAUAUUUGA